UGUUUUCCGCGUAUCAUUUGAUCUCUCGUGUGAUUGUUUUUUUUUCUCUUGUGCCCUUGAUGAGAAGAUUAAAAAAUUUAAAAGGCUGGAACAGAAAUUUCUUCCCACGGUCACUCACACACUCUCGCGGUGGUAAUUAAAUGUGCAUUCGCGGGUGUUGCCGUCUCGGUCGCGCUCGCUUCCUUGGUCGGAUGGGAAAGAGGCGCGAGGGAGAUGGAGCACAUGAUGAAGUGCUCAAAGAGAGGAGAGAAAUUUCUACCAAAUCUCUCUCUCUGGGAACACUGUUCUCUCUUAUGCUUCUCAAUUAAAUUACAGCAAAUUGUGAGUGCGCCUCCCCUCCACUCCGCACCCGCAACAUUUCUCUCUCACACACUUUCAUGCUCUUCUGCUUUCCAGAUGACUUUUCCCACGCAUUCAAAGGCAGGGGGAUUGUGAAUUUUAUCGUUUCCACCCGAUAGGCGGGCUGAUGGGGGAUGAUUUGGCCCCUGUGGUGCUCUUUGGGCUUUAUCGCAUCGUCGUUGGGGGAAAUUAUGGGCCAGAAGCUGCUCAAGAGCGGUGAAAAUGAGGAGUUUUUGGUGCCGUUAGGUUGGCAAUGUGGAAAAAUAUUCACUCCGAACAGGUGUUCCCAUGUCGCCUUCUCGCUCCCACCGAGCGCCACGAUAUUCGGCGGCACUGCUAGCUGUCUCGCUCUAAUUGUGUACAGUAUGCGAUGAGAGUGUGUUGGACGCUUCAGUCAAAUCGGUCGUCUUGGGGGAAAAAUCUACGAAAAAUAUCAUUCUUGCUUGGAAUUUGUGAUAAAUAAGACGCCUCUCGGCUCAUCUCACCACCAUCAGUGCGUCCGGUUCUGAAGUUGUGCAUUAAGGCGGAAGUGCACCGUCGCGAGGGACUAUGAAGAAGUGUUGUGGGGCGAAAGUGUGGUUAUGUUUACUACAGUGACUAUUCCUGCAAUAGCGCCCCACUUUCAGCAUAUUCGUGUCCUGUGAGGGAUUGAGAAUGAUCGACGCCAGGGCUGAGUGACACUGUGCGCUGGCCUGAGGAUUUGGAAAUGCAUUACAGCGAGAAGCGCUCCACACCGACAUCCACGAUGCCAUAUCAGACGUACGGACUGCCCAGCUAUGUGCAAUCGCCACCGAGUCCGCCGACGCAACAGCAGCAACCUUCCGGACAGCAGAACUCCCAGUCGGCCCACGGGGCGCUGGUGCCCAGGAUCGUGGCCGGCGGCGUGGUGCCGGUGACACAGCCGCAGUCCAUCACGGCGGUGUACAGGCCGCAGAAUGAGGACAAGCGGCUCACGCGCGAGGCGAUGGGGCGCUACAUGAGGGAGAGGAAUGACAUGGUUAUUGUGAUUUUGCAUGCAAAGGUUGCUCAAAAGUCUUAUGGAAACGAGAAGAGAUUCUUCUGCCCGCCGCCGUGUAUCUAUCUGUUCGGCAAUGGCUGGCGACACAGGCAGGAGGAGAUGCUCCACAAGGGCGAGUGUCGCGAGGGUGUUCAACUGGGAGCGUACAUUGGCAUCGGGAACUCUGAGCAGGACAGCCAGCCGUUGGAUCUCAAUAAUGACAAGCAAUACUGUGCCGCCAAGACCCUCUUCAUCUCCGACUCCGACAAGAGGAAGCACUUUAUGCUGUCCGUGAAGAUGUUCUACGGCAAUGGGCAGGAUAUCGGUGUGUUCAACUCGAAGCGGAUUAAGGUGAUUUCCAAGCCGUCGAAGAAGAAGCAAUCGCUGAAGAAUGCCGAUCUGUGCAUCGCCAGUGGCACGAAUGUGGCUCUGUUCAACCGUCUGCGCUCCCAAACGGUGUCCACGCGGUAUUUGCAUGUGGAGAAUGGACACUUCCACGCCAGCUCCACGCAAUGGGGCGCCUUCACCAUCCAUUUGCUGGAUGACAAUGAGAGUGAAUCGGAGGAGUUUCAAGUGCGCGAUGGAUAUGUUCACUAUGGCUCAACGGUGAAGCUGGUGUGCUCGGUGACGGGAAUGGCGCUGCCGCGGCUGAUCAUACGCAAAGUGGACAAGCAGAUGGCCCUUCUGGAGGCGGAUGAUCCCGUGUCGCAGCUGCACAAGUGUGCGUUCUACAUGAAGGACACGGAGCGGAUGUAUCUUUGUCUGUCGCAGGAGAAGAUCAUCCAGUUCCAGGCCACGCCGUGCCCGAAGGAGCCCAACAAGGAGAUGAUCAACGAUGGUGCGUGCUGGACAAUCAUCUCCACUGACAAGGCAGAGUAUCAGUUCUAUGAGGGCAUGGGACAUGUGAGAUCACUCGUGACACCAGUGCCAAUAGUUAAUUCACUAAAUCUCAAUGGGGGCGGCGAUGUGGCGAUGCUGGAGCUCACCGGGGACAACUUCACGCCACAUCUGCAGGUGUGGUUUGGUGAUGUUGAGGCUGAGACCAUGUACAGAUGUGCAGAGACGCUGCUCUGCGUCGUUCCCGACAUAUCACAGUUUCGCGGCGAAUGGCUCUAUGUGCGACAGCCAACCCAAGUGCCUAUAUCUCUGGUGAGGAAUGAUGGUGUGAUCUACGCCACUGGACUCACCUUCACGUACACUCCAGAGCCUGGUCCCAGGCAACAUUGUGGCCCAGCUGAUGAUGUGAUGAGAGGUAAAGGACGACACCACAAUAACAACAACAACACCUCAACCACGAACGCGCUCCCAUCGAUGGAUGUGCACUCGUGGAACUCCCAUGGGCAGAUGCCUUGAUUCCGGAUGAUCUGAACGAGAGACAGGAAGACCUAUUGAUUCCAGGUGAAACUGUGCAACAGUGUGACUGUUUUAUUAGUGAUUGAGUGACUUUGCGUGCGUACUUCUUAGUUUUAUAUAGAUUUUAUCUGUAAUUUCCGUGGGUUUGACAAGUACUGAAAAUUCUUUUCCAUGUUUUAUCCUCGUAUACAUGAUAAUAUUUUAUAUAUAUAUUUGUGAAUGACGAGAGGGAUGAAAAGAGCUCAUAUAUAAAUACAUAUAAAUAUAUAUUUUUAAUAUAUUCGCUCUGUAAACAUGCUUAAGUAAGACAAGAAUAAGCAAAAAGAGGAAAUUGUGAGCGGGCAUUUUUUCGGGCGGGAUCGUGUGAAUGAGUGAGUUAUUAAUUUAAUAUUAGUUUAAAUUAAGAAUAAAAAGACAGAGAGUAGUGAAAAAAGGAACUUCAUCUUAUUGUUGAGAAACAAUGUUCUCACAUUCAAUUUGCAAUUCAAAUAAGUAUUUUGAUGGAAGAGAAGAAGAAGAAGAAAAGAGAGUACAUUCAAAACAAACUCUACGAAAUACAGUACAGAAGAACAAAAAUGCAUGCGUAUCACAUAGUUAGAUAUUACAUAACGAGUCGCGGCGGUGUGAGAAAGGAUUUGUAUCAGUUUAUCUCUCUAUUUUAAUUAUUUAAUAGAUUUUAAUUUGUAUUUUCUGACUAUUUCUCUAUUUCUGACGAUGGCAAUCGAGCUAUGGGGAAAUUACUUGAGGAAAAACACACAAACCACAUUCUUGUCAUUAAAUUUAUUUAUGUUUUAUUGUGUUUGUUUAAUUAGGGUAUUUAGAAGUGAAAACAAAAAAUCUUGGAGGACCUCCUUUUCUCACCCACUCCAAUUGACGCUCUCUGUAUCCAUCCUUUCUCCUUUUAUAGUAUUUUUCCCACGAAAAGGUACAUCUAAAUAUGUGUAUGUGUAUAAUUCAGAUAAUAUUUACAAUUUAAAUAUAAAUAUAAUUUUAUUUUUUGUGAAGGAAGGAGAAGAAGAAAUUAUCGAUGUAGAGCAUCUUAUUUAUUUUAGAAAUUCUUCAUUAGAGAGUUGCAUAAUAAUACACGGAAAAGAGAGAAGAAAGUCGGUUGAAUAUGACUGUCAACGAAAGAAAUUACAAUAUUAGUAAUAUUCUUUAUAUUUACUAUACAUACUAUGCGUGUAGCUUUUAUGGAAGGAAGAGGAGAAGAAAAAUGAUUACACAUUAUGUAUUAAUAAUACGAGAGAAUAAAAAGAAAUCAAAACAGCUGAAAAA